AUGAUCAUGGCGAUACGAAAACCGGCAUGGUUAGAAGCACUAAACACGCAAAAAUUCUUCAUCGGUUGUUCGAUCCAUGAGACCUCGAAGAAGAAUGAAAAGAACAUUUGCUGCCUUGAUUGUUGCACUAGCAUUUGCCCUCACUGCUUGCCGGCUCAUCGGUGUCAUCGUCUUGUUCAAGUUCGUCGAUAUGUUUAUCAUGAUGUUGUUCGAUUAGAGGACCUCGAAAAGCUUAUCGAUUGUUCUAAUGUUCAGUCUUACACAAUCAACAGUUCAAAGGUGAUCUUCAUCAAGAAAAGACCACAAAGCAGGCAGUUCAAAGGUUCAGGGAAUAUUUGCACAUCAUGUGAUAGAAGUCUUCAAGAACCAUAUAUUCAUUGUUCUCUUGGUUGCAAGGUGGAUUAUGUAUUGAGACAAAAGAAAGAUCUAUCGGCAUGUUUGAGGACAUGCGAGACAUUGACAUUAAGCCCGGACUUUCUCAUACCGCAUGAAGCAGAUCCGGGAGAUGAUGAAGCUAAUUAUGAGACUACACAUUCGACGGUGGUCGAAGGCGAUGAGGCCGGAGUCUCGUCGGACUCGGAGAACUUAAGCUUGCCUUGCACUGAUUUCACUCGGAAGAAAAGGAGUGGAAUGCUCUUUGUUUGUUCAAGGAGUAAUAAGAUAUCAAAUGAAGACAUGGGUGCAAACAUGAAUAGAAGGAAAGGGAUUCCUCAAAGGUCUCCACUUUGCUAA